AUGGCUUGGCUCCCUCCUGCCGAGGGACAUUCCCCCCUCCGGGCCCCCUUCCCUGGCCUUAGCUUGUGGCAUCUAGCUGGCCCAACUCCACCGAAGGGCCCCGGAAACCACAUGCAGAACAAAGUCUCCAGGCACUGUCUGGAAGGCGAGAGGAUUAGAGAGGGGAAGGGGAAAGUGCCGCAGGGCCAGCCUCCCGGGGCCUGGGAACUUCUGCCUGCCGCCCGGGAGAUGUCAGCUCCACCAGGAAGUCCCAGGGACCUCGCCUUCGUCCCCGCCGCUGGCUGCAGGAGUCACCCACCUCGGUACCGAGUGCUGGUUUGUCGGCCAGGAAAGCUGCUCAUCUCCCUCUGCGGGGAGGAGGGCAUGGAGGUGUCAGCAGGCCGGCCGGAUGACAAGCCCCCGCCGACAGGGGGUCUGGCUGGCAGCCGGCCCCUCUCCUCCGACAGGCCUGGAGCCCAGGUGUCUCUCCAAGCCCGGGGAGCCCUGAGAUUAAGAUAUGGCAGCCGCCAACAGAUCUGCCAGAGCCCUUUAUUUCAGGAGGCUUGGCAGGGGAGAGACCAGGGGCGGGGUCACCCUGGCACCCUCUGGACGCUUGGCCUUCCAGGGGAAAGGAAGACACAAUACCCAGAGGUCAGAAGAUUCCAGAAGGUCCUGGCUGAUCUGAGAGCUGAUGCCAGCCCCCACCUCGGGGGACCCCCGAAGAAAUUCACGGGGCUGUCAGAGAUGUAA